AAAUAAUUGUGCGAAGAAUAUAAUAACUUAUUGAUAAUUACCAUAAUUAUUGUGGUGCACAAUAAAUCAUGUCUAAUAAUAAGGGAGACAUCAAUGGGGUGGUCAAGAAACAGCCGGUCAGUCAUGAAGUUACAACUUGGGAAAAGUAUGCCUACACCAGCAUAAUGUGUUUUACCAUGAUCACAUACGGUAUUUGCAAUUCAACAUUUUUUCCGGCAUUCGUCGAUUUAAAGUAUGCUUUAAAUACAUCGCUUAAUAUGAUUGCAUUGAUCUCAACGUUCAUGUGUUUCGGUUAUAUUAUGGGCUCUUUAAUCGGCUUCCUAUACAAAUACAUAAACAGACAAUUCACCCUGAUCAUACUGCUGCUAAUCAUGGGCUUUACGGUCAUAUUCAUACCCUAUUCGGACCACUUGUGGCAACUCUACCUGUACUUUGUGCUGAUCGGUAUGUGCGCCGGCACCUGGAACUCCACCAACAAUGUCUGGCUCAUCGAGAUGUGGCAAAAACAAUCGGGCCCCAUUAUGCAACUGUCCCAGUUCACUUACGGCAUCGGCACAAUUAUUGGGCCCCUAAUCGAUAGGUCCUAUUUGUUGGGCGAAAAGGACUUUAAUGGGGAUCCCAUGAAUGCCCACUUGGGUGGCGGUGGGGCUACUCAGGUGUUGCCAGAUCUAGGGCUUAAUAUUACGGCUGUUGUCAACGGCUUUAAUACCACGACUACUAUUGAUGAUAGUCUGGAGCGGAAACGACUACUCAAAACCCCUUUCCUUAUUAGCGGGUGUUUGCAUAUGAUUGGUCCGUGUCUAUUGUUAAUCAUGUUCAUCAUACGUAAAUACAAAUACGUGCCGCUAAAAAACAAGGACGUGGUGGACAAAAGUACCCUGAAACUAUUCAACCGAGAGGGGGCACCAAAACUGCUCAUUAUAAUAGUCACCUGUAUAUUCCUGGCGUUUUACAGUAUCAGCGAGGUGAUCUAUCUGGAAUUUGGCGCCACAUACUUUCAAUACAUACCCAUACGGCUGAGCGCUAGUAAAGCGGCCGAAAUAUUUAGCGCCAUGAGCUUGAGCUACACCAUCGGUCGGGGCGUCAAUAUAUUUGUCGCCCUUAAAGUCAAACUACAUAUCAUUAUUGCCUACCAUUUUCUCAUCAUAAUCACCGCCAUUAUCACCUUGCUCACAGUGGAUCAGAGCUUGCUGCAUUUAUGGAUUGGCUCUCUCAUGCUGAGUUUUGGGUUUAGCCCCAUAUUUCCCGCUGUGUUCGCCUUCAUUGGCCAACACUUGGAGAUUACCAAUAGGAUAGGCACUAUACUUAUAUUUGCACAUGCCUGUUUGAAUAUAAUUGUGCCGUUCAUCCUGGGCACUUACCUAGAGAAGUACCCGUUUGUAUUCCCGGUGGGCAUUAUAAUGAAUGUCUCGGUGGGUAUUGUUAUGUAUUUUAUCAUGUUAUAUAUCAUACGACAAACAAAACGCAAAUAUAAGGACCUGAAAGAGUAUAAAGUGGACAAAAAUCAGAUCCCCCUCAAGGAGUGUAUUUAG